UCCUGGUGCCAGUAGAUUCCUAGGGAAGCUGAGGACCCAGAGUGACAACUGAGUUGCUGGUGCUACAGCCCCACUGGACAGCCACCAUGGCACUUCUGCUGGGCUUUCUGUUCCUGUGUGGAGUCGCGGAUCUCAUUGGGAGUGUGAGCAUCACUACUCCAGAGCAGACAGUUCAGGAAGCCCGAGGGGAAACUGUCCAUCUACCCUGCUUGUUCACCCUUAGCCCUGAGGACCUUGGACCGCUAGACAUCGAGUGGCUUCAGCUUUCAGGACCUAAUAAUGAGGCAAUGGACCAUGUGGUUAUUUUGUAUACGGUAGAUAAAAUUUAUUCUGACUUCCAUCAAGAUCUGAAAGGACGAGUACAUUUUACAAGUAAAGACAUCGCGUCUGGUGAUGCAUCCAUGAAAAUAAGAAAUGUUCGGCCUGCAGACAGUGGCACCUACCAGUGCAGAGUGAAAAAAGCCCCUGGUGUUGCCAAGACAACCAUUCAGCUGACAGUUGUUGAUCUCAUUGGGAGUGUGAGCAUCACUACUCCAGAGCAGACAGUUCAGGAAGCCCGAGGGGAAACUGUCCAUCUACCCUGCAUGUUUACCUUCAUCUCCAAGGACCAAGGCCUGCUAGACAUCGAGUGGCUUCGGCUUUCAGGACCUAAUAAUGAGGCGAUAGACAGUGUGGUUAUUUUAUAUUCUGCAGACAAAACUCAUGAUGACGUCUAUCCAGAUCUAAAAGGACGAGUGUAUUUUACUGGUAAUGAUAUCAGAUCUGGUGAUGCAUCCAUAAAUAUAACAAAUGUCCAGCUCUCGGAUGCUGGCACCUAUCAGUGCAAGGUGAAAACAUACCCUGGCAUCGUCAACAGGAACCUCCAGCUGGCUGUCACUAAUCUCAUUGGAAGUGUGAGCAUCACUACACCAGAGCAGACAGUUCAGGAAGCCCGAGGGGAAACUAUCCAUCUGCCCUGCAUGUUCACCCUUAGCCCUGAGGACCGUGGACCAGUGUUCAUUGACUGGAUGCAGCUUACUGGACCUCAAAAUGAGGUGGUGAACCGUAUGUUUAUUGUAUAUUUAGCAGACAAGAUUUACAAGGACUUCUAUCAAGAUAUGAAAGAACGUGUGCAAUUCACAAGUAAUGACGUCAGGUCUGGUGAUGCAUCUAUAAAUAUAGCUAAUGUUCAGCUCUCUGAUGCUGGCACCUAUCAGUGUGGAGUAGCCCACGCCCUUGGUACUGCCAAGAGGAUCGUUCAGGUGACAGUUGUUGGCUGAUCAUCUGUCCCAGAGGUUACCCAUCAAUUGAACUUUUAAUUAAGUUUUGCUGAUGACUUGAUCCUGUAUCUGCAAUGAAAUGUGCCUUGUGCUCCUGUAUUCCACCAACCUAAAAAGAAAUCCUUGGUGAGAAUAAACUAGUGUUUCAUAA